AUGAAUAAGAUUACUCAAAUCACUCCAGCCCAAGAUGGCUUAAAAGCACUUCCAAUAACUGCUUCUGAAGAAGAUUUAACAAGAGGACAGAAAAUUAAAAGAUGGUGCAAGAAAUACAUGCUUGAAGGACAACAUUUGGAUGAGGAAGCUGAGAAAGAGCUUCAAAACCUUCCUCCCAAUCCUACUCUCUCAGAUUUGAUUUUCAUCAAAUAUAAGAAAUUUGUAGCUAUGGCAAUUCCAUUCUUGUUAGUUCAGACUGUCUGGUGGAUGGUAGCCAUUCGACACAACUUUUUCCAAUAUUACCCACAAUACUGGCACAUGCCAGUCACUAUGCUUUUAGGAUCAUUUGUUGGAGGAAUGACUUCCGAAGGAAGUGGAGCUGUUGCAUUCCCUGUAAUGACCUUAGCUUUACAUAUUGCUCCAUCUAUAGCUAGAGAUUUUUCUAUUAUGUGUCAAUCAAUCGGCAUGACAUCCGCUUUAACAUGUGUCGUUAUGAUGAAAGUCAAGUUUGAAAGUAGAGCAGUAAUACUUGGAACAAUAGGAGCUAUUCCAGGAUUCAUUAUUGGAGUUCAUUUUAUUGAUCCACUGUUCACCGGACCAGAAAAAAAAAUGUUAUUCGUGGCCAUCUGGACAGCUUUCGCCAUUGCUUUAGCUUUACUGAACUCUCAGAAAAAGCGUUCAACAUUCAAAGAAAUUCCUGAUUUCAAAACAUGGAAAGCCGUUGUUCUCCUUGUCACAGGAUUUGUCGGAGGCGUUUUCGAUGCCUUCGCCGGAUCAGGUAUUGACAUUGCCAUCUUCUCAAUCAUUACAUUACUAUUCCGUGUUACGGAGAAAACAGCAACACCCACAACUGUAAUAUUGAAAGGAAUCAAUGCUGUGUUUGGAUUCUUCUACAGAGCUGCCAUGAUGGGAGAUAUUGAUAUUAUGGCCUGGAGAUACUUCAUGUUGUCUGUUCCAUGUGCCGCUACCGUUGCUCCAAUCGGAAGCUUCUUGGGCUCUCAUCUUCAUCGUCAAGUAGUAGCAUCAUUUGUAUAUGUGUUGGAAGCUGUAGCCUUGGUUGGGUUCUUGCUCACUCGUCCAGCCUUAUACUUAAUUCUCGUUGGAUGCGGAAUUAUCUUUGGAGGAUAUAUUUUCUUCACCUUCAUUUCUCGCACCGGAAACUAUUUGAUGGAGAAGGAGUUGAAGAAAGAAAACAAACAAAGAAAUCAGGGAAAUAUUGUUAUGUAA